CAACCGUCCAAAACCCAAGAGAUAAAGAAUCUGGACUUUUUCCUGGCCACCUUCAUCUCCUUCGCCUGAUCCAAUAUUCUUAUCAGCACACGGAUUAACUAAUACGCUUUGCUUUGAUUCUCUCUUCACACCAUUGCUCUUCCCUAACUCUCCUCAUUUCCUUACACCCACCAGCAACUACAGACACAUUUAUUCCCCCUACUCUGUUUUUUUUAUAAAUUCUAAAUAAACAUAGAGAUGAAGAACAAUAACUUUGCAAGAAAAGGAGGAAAAAUGGAGGAAUUUCAAGCCAUUCACAAGCUUCCUCAUGGUGAUAGUCCCUAUGUGAAAGCUAAAUAUGCUCAGCUAGUUGACAAAGAUGCAGAAGCUGCCAUAGUUCUGUUUUGGAAGGCAAUCAAUGCAGGAGAUAGAGUGGAUAGCGCACUGAAAGACAUGGCAGUCGUUAUGAAGCAACAGGACAGAGGUGAAGAAGCCAUUGAAGCUAUCAAGUCUUUCAGAUUCCUCUGCUCUAAGCAAGCCCAGGAAUCGCUUGAUAAUGUUCUUAUCGAUUUGUACAAGAGCUGUGGGAAAUUGGAGGAACAGAUUGAGCUGUUGAAGGAGAAGUUGAGGAUGAUUUACCAAGGAGAAGCAUUCAAUGGAAAACCUACAAAGACGGCUCGCUCCCAUGGAAAGAAAUUCCAAGUCACAAUUAAGCAGGAAACCACCAGAAUACUGGGUAACUUGGGGUGGGCAUACAUGCAGCAAAUGAAUUAUGGAGCUGCUGAGAUUGUUUACCACAAAGCGCAGGAUAUAGAUCCAGAUGCCAAUAAAGCCUGUAACCUGUGUCUUUGCCUCAUCAGACAAGUGAAGUGUAAAGAAGCAAGAGAUGUACUAGAAGGCGUUUUGACAGGGAAACUGUCUGGUUCAGAGGAUCCCAAGACAGUGGCUCGUGCCGAGGAACUGUUGCUGGAGCUUAAGCAUUUAGAAACCGCAAAAUGCGCUUCAGUCCCUGUCGGGGCCAGUUUAGAGUAUGCAUUUGUUGAGGGUCUGGAUAAAAUGGUGAACCACUGGGCACCAUUCAGGUCUAGGAGACUUCCCAUUUUUGAAGAAAUCUCCCCUCAAAGAGAUCAAUUGGCUUGUUGAUACAUUAUUCGUAGUUAGAUUCACUCUUUCAGUCGUGUGUGGAUAAUGUCUUAAAAAAAGUUAGCUCGUGGUUUAGCACUUUAGCCUAAGCAGGUAUUGAUUUUGUUUUCCUCAUUGAAACUACACAAGUGUUCGUUUAACACUUCAUGAUAAUCUAACAUUCUAACA